AUGGGUUCGUCUCCGUCUAAACCAGUCAAGCCAUCUCCUGUCCUACAGCAACAACACGCUGAGAACGAGAAGCAUGCUCCUGCAGAGAUCGCUACCGCAUUUUCUGCCUUAUCAGUGUCGACGCCCACUUCAGUGGAUGGCUCCGUUUCACUGCAGAAUGUAUCGUCCUGGGAAUCAGAUAUUAGUCACGACCCAAAGGCGCGACUAGCUCGUACUGUUCUCUCUCAUUCAGACAUCCGUGACGCCCUUGUGUCGAGGAAAGCCACAGUAGCGACUACGCAUAUCUUCAAUAAUGAGAUUGACUUCAAAACUGGUCCCAUCACUAACCAAAAGAGCAGUGGUCGUUGUUGGCUGUUUGCCACCACCAAUGUGCUCCGGUACGAAGUCAUGAAGAAGCUCAAACUAAAGGACUUCCAACUUUCUCAGUCAUACUUGUUCUUCUGGGACAAGCUCAACAAAUCAAACUAUUAUCUUGAGCUGAUGAUUGAGAACGCAGAUCUAUCCGUCGAUGACAGAGUGAUCAGUCAUCUCUCAGGCGACCUUAUCUCUGACGGAGGUCAAUGGGAUAUGGCAGUCAACCUUCUCGAAACCUACGGUGUCGUUCCUCAAUCUGUCUAUCCAGAAUCAUUCCACUCCUCCUUAUCUUCCCCUCUCAAUGCGCUACUCAAAACAAAGCUGAGAGAAGACGCGCUUAUCCUCCGAAAGCUGGUUGUCGACAUGAAAGCAGCCGGAGCAUCUGCUCAAGCUACAGUUUCAGCUACCCGGGCUGAGAAAGAGAAGCUCAUGAAAGAGAUCUACACUAUCAUGACCGCCGCUCUCGGUGUCCCUCCCUUACCCGACGCAACAUUCACUUGGGAAUAUUACGAUGAGAACGACAAAGCCGGAACCUGGUCGGGAACACCUUUGGAGUAUUACAAGACUUUUGCCGCUAAGCCUUAUUCUGCAAAGGACUCGUUCUCCCUUAUCAAUGACCCCAGAAAUAGCUACUCCCAACUUAUCACCAUUGAAAAACUGGGCAACAUCUGGGGAGGUCGACCAGUACUUUAUGUCAACACGGAAAUCGAGAUUAUGAAGGUUACUGUCAUCAAGAUGGUUAAAGCUGGUGUUCCCGUGUUCUUUGGCUGCGACGUCGGUAAAUCGUCCGAACGAAACCUUGGACUCAUGGAUACCACUUUAUUCCAAUACGAGGACACAUUUGACAUUACUCUCGGUCUUACCAAGGCUCAACGUCUCGAAAUCGGCGAAUCGGCAAUGACCCAUGCUAUGGUUAUCUCUGGCGUCCACUUGGACGCAAAUGGUAAACCUGUCAGGUACAAAGUAGAAAACUCGUGGGGAGAAGUACCAGGAAACAAGGGGUACUUUGUGAUGACUGAUGAAUGGUUCAAUGAAUUUGUGUAUCAGGUGGUCGUUCCUAAAAGUUUGGCACCAAAGGAUUUGGUCACUGUGUUUGAGGGUGGAAAUGCCAAAGUCCUUCCACCAUGGGAUCCGAUGGGAACGCUUGCAUGA